AGCACAGCUCUACUAUUGUUAACGCGAUCGCUUCACGUUUUCGUUGUUGAAAAAUUAGGAAAAAGUGCAAUACUACGCUCGUAUCACGUUCCAGACAUCCCCCGCACCCGAUUACAUCCUUCGCAAUGGCUAAACGCGGCCCGCAGUCGUCGUUAAACCAUCUCAACUGGAAUGAAACCGACGAACCCGAGGAGAUGGGCGAGUUUGCAAAGGCGAGCGAUGAUGUUUUAAAACAGCGGGUUAUCAAAAAAGCUCGUCGUCGGGUGGCAACGGAUGCUGCUGACAGUACCGCACCAGCAGCCUCGACGUCGGUAUUUGGCGCCUUCAAAGGUUUCGCCUCGACUCCAGUUGCGAAAAGUGUGGACAAGCCGGACGGGGCUCCUACUUUUUCUUUUCUCUCUAGUCUCGGUGCCGCGAAGACGAAUGGGAAUGGCACUGCCACGGUAUCAUCGAGCGGUGCAGACAGCGGUGCAGCCGGAUCUACAAAACCAAUGUUCUCGUUCGGUUCGAACCAGGGCACGAUCGCUACAUCGGAUGCGAGUAAAAAAAUGUUCACCUUCGGCACACCGAGCGCCCUGAAGGCGGACAGUACGGAAGGGGCGAAGAAUGCGUCUUCCACAUCUUCCGGUUUUGGCAUAUCAUCGUCGAAGGAUGGUGACAAGGAUUCGGGCAAGGGUUUGUUCAGCUUUACCAACACGACGGCAAAUCCUAUAAAUGCCGGAGCGACGCCUACCUUCUCCUUCGGUUCGGUGGCAGCUAAAACGACGGAUUCUACGAAACCGGAAAAGAAUUUCACCUUCGGCUCUCCUAUCGGCAGUAAAAACGCGGACUCAGAUAAGACAACAAAGCAGCCUACCUUCUCGUUCGGUACCGUUGCAGCCAAAACGGGUCCCGAAGAAACGGAAAAGAAAUCGCUUACAUUCGGAACUCCAGUGGGUGCAAAAGAUACUUCCUUAAAUGCUGCUUCAUCAACGGGCAUGUUUAGCUUCGGAUCUAAUGCAGGCAAAUCCGACGCUGGCAGCGAUGCGGAAAAGAAAAUGUUCACAUUCGGUAGUUCUCCAGCCGCCGCAAAAGACACUGCGAACAGUUUGGCAAAGAGUACUUUUUCAUUCGGUUCAGUUGCGACAAAAUCGGAUUCAUCCGAGACAGAAAGGAAAACGUUCGCUUUUGGAGGUUCUCCAGCAUCAUCGAAAGAAUCUGCAUCUGCUGCUCCGUUGAAAAGUAUGUUUUCCUUUGGCUCCAAUGCAACAAAACCGGUAGCACCCGUGGAGUUAUCCGACAAGCCAACCGUUACGUUCGGUUCCCCCGCUGGAAUGAAGAAUACGUCCGCCAGUUCGUUAGCUUCACCAAAAGGUACUUUUUCGUUUGGAUCUAUUCCGACAAAAACGAAUACAGACGAUGGGACCGAAGUGAAAAAGACCCCAUUUUCGUUCGGAUCUGUCGCUUCGGGCGCGAAAGAUACGGCAGUAACCUCUCCAAAAGCGACAUUUUCUUUUGGGUUAUCACAAUCCACAAACAGCGAUACGGGUGUGAAACCAUCACCACCCAAACCAGUCGAAAGUGAGAAGAAAACGUUUUCCUUUGGUGUUACUUCCCCGUCCAAAGAAACCACGGACAAAAGUAAGACAACAUUCGCUACGCCGAAGGAAAAUAGCGAAGAUACCUUAAAGAAAAUGUUCAGCUUUGCCUCAUCGACAGCAACGCCGAAGGGAGCGGACGCCGGGAAAAAAGGUGAGGAAAAGAAAUCUCCUUUAGCACCGUUCGCAACCAUCACCAAACCGGCGGCAGUAGCACCAGUUGCUCCAAAAUCAACCGUAACCCAGGGUGACAAAAGCGGCAAUAUAAUUGCACUGAACAAAUCAUUCAUUGCUUGGAUCACUGAAAAGUGUAAGGAGAAUGCUUACUGCAGCCUGCUUCCCGUGUUCAAAAGUUACGAGACAUAUUUUGCCGAAAUUAUGGAAAUGGAACAAAGUAGUACUACCAAUUCGGAAGCAGCGAAAUCCUCCGGAACUUCAAAGUCCGAUACUCCAAUGGAGAAACCGACACAAACAGCAGCAGUGUCGGCGAACAAACCUUCCGACCAGAUAUCCAAGGAACCCGAGAAAGCAAAGGAAAAGACGGGCUUUUUCUUUGGUACGUCUGCAGCCAAAGAAUCAGCGACCACAUUGAAACCAGUUGCACCUACUGCUGCACCGGCCACUGCAGGUUUUAUGUUCGGUGGCACUACAAAGCCACUUACUUUCGGUGGAUUUUCAACAGCCGCUAACACCGCGAACACUACUGCGCCAACCAGCAACUUAUCGUCGGUUUCCACCACUUCACCCUCGUUCUUUGCCGGUGCGUCCACAUUCGCCAGCAAAGCUCUAUCUCCCGGUGGGUUUACAUUCGGCGGCGUAACUAAACCACCCGUCCCUGAUAGCAGUGCGACCACCGAUAAAGACGGUGGUGGUGGUAGUGGUGGCGGCGAUGGUGGAGAAGCCGACGAAGAUGAACCACCGAAGGUAGAGUUUACCCCUGUCGAGGAAAAGGACAGCCUUUACUCCAAACGCUGCAAGCUGUUCGUGAAGGUGGGCGGAUCAUACUCGGACCGGGGCGUUGGAACGCUGCACGUUAAAAUGGUCGACAGCAAGGUACAGGUGCUGGUGCGAGCAGACACGAGCCUGGGAAAUAUUCUGCUCAACAUAAUCCUAAACGAUUCGGUGCCGCUGCAGCGUUUGGGCAAGAAUAACGUCAUGAUGAUUUGCCUGCCGACACCGGAUUCAAAGCCACCGCCAACGUCGGUGCUGUUGCGCGUGAAGACAGCAGAGGAAGCGGACCAGCUUUACGAAAGCUUGGCGAAAUACAAACCUAAAUAGGUAGGACCGUUUCCGUAAAAUGACGCUCACCCAUGUUAGGUAAUUCAUACAUUACGUACAUUAUUAAAAUACAAGCUAACUAUGAAAUAAAAUAGAAAACGAAAAGAUUUGUAGAGAAAUUCCUCACGCAUGCUGCAGCUAAGGGAUGAAUGCUACUACAAUCGGCAGACAGGCGGCCAUAUCUUUCGGAAUCCAAUCCCACGAAAUAGACAGAGGAUCUCAGAUCGUCUCUUCGACUAAACGAUACAAAUAGCCAGCCAACAUGAUCCUAGCUAGGCCGAGAAAGACAACUCAGUUAUAACGCCAAACAAAGCAAAAAGAAAAGGGAAUCAUUGGUUAAGGAUCUUUUUUUUAAUAAACGAUCGUAUGUUGGCUUGCGUUACACAACAAAA